AUGCACUUCUCUGUGGCUGCUAUUGCGCUCGCUCUGGGCGUGGCAUCGCUUGUGGAUGCUGGAAAGUUUACCGCAAAGCUGCACAAGCAUCCUCUAAGCAAGGAGAACACACUCUCGACGAUGGCGGCGCAGCUUGAUCUGCUCAAAGCCAAGUACAGCACGCGCGCUCAACGACCGUUUAAACUCGGUGGCCAGCUCGCAGAGGAGUUCAGCGAGCACUAUCUUGAACAACCUGCUCCCAAGUCUCGUGCGUGGUUGCAGCAGGCCUCUGAGGGACACAAUGUGCCAUUGUCCGACUUCCUCAAUGCACAGUACUUUGCCGACAUUUCGCUGGGCAACCCUCCGCAAAAUUUCAAGGUCGUGCUUGACACGGGCUCUGCUAACCUCUGGGUCCCAUCUGAGAGCUGCAUGUCGAUUUCCUGCUUCCUGCACAGCAAGUAUGAUAGCAGCGUUUCGGAGACAUACACCAAGAACGGUUCUUCUUUCGCGAUCGAGUAUGGCUCCGGCUCCAUGAAAGGCUUUGUUUCGAACGACGACAUGCGCAUCGGCGAUAUUCGCUUGAAAGGUAUCGACUUUGCGGAGGCGACCGAGGAGCCUGGUCUCGCGUUUCUCCUCGGCAAGUUUGACGGGAUUAUGGGGCUUGCCUACGAUACAAUCAGUGUGGACAAGAUCGUGCCGCCCUUCUACGAGAUGAUCAACCAGGGUCUGAUUGACGAAAAGGUCUUUUCAUUUUACCUUGGUUCCUCCGAAAAGGACGGUGGUGAGGCCACAUUUGGCGGGGUUGACGAGAGCAAGUUCGAAGGUAGUAUUCGCUAUGCACCUGUGCGUAGACGCGGCUACUGGGAGGUUGCACUGGACAAAAUCAAGUUCGGCGAUGAUGAGCUCGUGCUGGAGAACACUGGCGCUGCGAUCGACACGGGCACGAGCUUGAUCGCCAUGCCAACCGACGUUGCCGAGAUUCUCAACAAGGAGAUUGGCGCGACCCGUAACAUGCUUGGUCAAUACACUGUGGACUGCGAAAAGGUCGCGGGACUUCCCGACCUUACUAUGACCCUGAACGGCGAGUCGUACAUACUUGCACCUUCCGACUACAUUCUCGAACUUCAAGGCAUAUGUGCGUCUGCCUUUAUGGGCUUGGAUCUCCCCGAGCCAAUUGGCCCCAUGUGGAUUGUCGGCGACGUGUUUUUGCGCAAGUUCUACACUGUCUAUGAUCUUGGUAGGGACGCCGUCGGCUUUGCCAAGGCCAAGCGUGCGUAA